UAUGAGACCGCAAUACUCUAACACAUCAGCCGAUAUUACUGAUACAAUCGAAAAGAAUCAAGGUGAUCUGCAUUCUGACGACUCGGUUGAAGAAAUUAACGAAGAAAACUUUGAAAGACGCAGAUCUAAAAUCAACUCUUCAAAAAAAUUCAAAACAAGCGUAAAUAAAGUGCAUGGCGAAUGA